GUGUGUGAGGUCCAACCAUCUCAGAGUGACAUCAGAGACUCCCAACUCACCUCCACAGGAGCUGCUGCAAAGGAACUGUACGAUAACGGGUUCACGGAGGAGAUGAUGGAGGACGAAGACUCCCGAACCAACCUGAUCGUGAACUACCUUCCUCAGAGCAUGAGUCAGGACGAGCUGAGGAGUCUGUUCAGCAGCGUCGGAGAAGUGGAGUCGGCCAAAUUGAUCCGGGACAAAGUAGCAGGCCACAGUUUAGGUUACGGCUUUGUUAACUUUGUUAACCAUAAUGAUGCAGAGAGGGCUAUCAGUACCCUCAAUGGCCUGAGGCUACAGUCUAAAACUAUCAAGGUUUCGUUUGCUCGACCGAGUUCAGACACAAUCAAAGAUGCUAAUCUCUACAUCAGCGGUUUGCCCAGAACCCUGAGCCAACAGGAUCUUGAAGACAUGUUUGCCCCUUUUGGACGCAUCAUUAACUCCAGAGUGCUGGUGGACCAGGCUACUGGUCUUUCUCGAGGCGUGGCCUUUAUCCGAUAUGACAAGAGGGCCGAGGCUGAGGACGCCAUCAGACAUCUGAACGGGCACGUGCCACCUGGCAGCUCUGAGGCAAUUACUGUCAAGUUUGCUGCCAAUCCCAACCAGGGCAGGAACUCCCUGAUGAUGUCACAGACAUACCACGGCCAGUCCCGGCGCUUUGGGGGUCCUGUCCAUCACCAAGCGCAGAGGUUCAGGUUUUCUCCAAUGAGCGUCGACCACAUGGGUGGUGGGGGUGCAGCCUCUGGGAGCCCAUCCUCUGGUUGGUGCAUCUUCAUCUAUAACCUGGGUCAGGAGGCAGACGAGGCGAUGCUGUGGCAGAUGUUUGGGCCGUUUGGUGCUGUUGUCAAUGUUAAAGUGAUCCGAGACUUUAACACCAACAAGUGCAAAGGUUUCGGCUUUGUUAGCAUGGCAAACUAUGAGGAGGCCGCCAUGGCAAUCCACAGCCUGAAUGGGUACCGGCUGGGUGACAAAGUCCUGCAAGUGUCCUUCAAGACCAGCAAAGGACACAAGUAAAGAGGCCGUGAGGGGGCGGAGCUAAGAUCACAACAUGUGUUUGUAUCAGUACAAUUUUUCAACUGAAAUAGUUUAGAUUUUUCCCCUGAGCAUGUGGUUCUUACUUUGAAGAUAACUGAAAUAAUUCUCUUAAAAAUCAGAUCUUUUGUUCCUGAAGGUGGACCUUCUGGAUGAUUGACAGCUGUCAGACCAGGGAAACGUUCUGCUUUGUGUUGUUUUUUUAAGUUUUUUUUUAUGUAGAGUUUCUUUGGGUCUGCAAACAUCUGAAGUGUUUAAACGUUUUAUUCUCCCACCUGUUCACGUAUUUAGUGUGAAGAUCUUUGAUGUAUUAAAUGUCUUUGAAUUUCUGCAUUGRUUGUGUCUUCAUUUUCUCAGAUGACUGACAGCUGUCUGUUUCACAAAAAAACAUUUAAUAUUUGUACAAAUUAACACCUGAACUACCAUCUGAUGCUCAUUUAUUUUUACUUUUUUAUUUCAUUGUGAUGUUAAACUGUUUAUUCACCAAUAAAUCUGUUCAUGAUAAUUA